UCGACGCCCUGCUGUCGUGGCGAUGAGUGUUGUGUCCCUCGGGAUGGUGCAGGAAACGCAAACGUGUGAUGGUGAUUCAGUGCGUUUGCGUCUCGGUAUAUGUAGGCAGCGGUGAGCCUACGUUUGAUCUUGACAGAUGGCAGUAGAUUAUUUCGACACCAUGUAUUCUCCGUAUCUCUUCGUUGCGCUUUGCGCUUCUUGCGCGUGGGCCGUUGAUGAAGAUCGCAGCCAAUGCGAUCCUACCCGCAAGGAUGAGCACUGCCCUCCCGAUCCAGGUUUUGCCGGCGCUGUGGCGUUUGAUUUCAGCUCCUCCUCGUCGUGGGACAACAGCCCUGACAACACAUGGGUGAUCAAGGACGAGGACCUCGUCAAAUUCCAUGACGACGACAAGGCGCUCGAAAUCAAAGUCGAAAAGGAAGGCCAGGAGGCAUGGGUGUCGUCAAGGCAGUACCUCUUCUUUGGCAAGGUGACGUUUGAGGUCGAGGCUGCUGCUGGACAGGGCAUCGUGACCGCGCUCGUGCUCAAAUCUGACUCUGGCGACGAGAUUGACUGGGAGCUGCUGGGUGCGUCCGAUAAGGAGGCGCAGACAAACUACUUCCACGACGGCGAUGCUGUGCCCAACACGUACAACACCACAUACGCCAUGAACACGACCAUCACGGACACGCAUGUCUACGGUAUAGAAUGGACGGAUGAGACACUCGUCUUCAGCAUCGAUGACGUUGACGUCAAGACCUGGCGCGUGGGCCAGAUCCCCAGGAGCAAAUGGCCACAGACACCCAUGUUUGUGGCCCUGCGCCUGUGGACGAUCACGUCGUCGGAUGAUCCUGGUCUGGUCACCUGGGGAGGGGGCCAGCCAUCAUGGGACUCGGCGCCUUUCACGGCAACCAUCCAUCGCGUGGAGAUUGAAGACUACGCUGGUGGCUGUCGCGAGAUUGAAAAUCGUGUCGAGUACUUCUACGAUGAGCACUUUAGGGCGUGGGAGGAUGUGCAGGUCAGUGGAUGCAAGGGCAAGCCGGCGGACAUGUUGACACCUUCUGUCCCGAGCGGGACCAUGCCACCGAUGAGCGAUAGAUGGUAUGAGUCGUCUACGACGACGGCGUCUGGCGAUGAAAGCACGGGGGAGCCAGAGGCGCCGCCUAAGGAUGAAGACCCUGAUGAUGGGAGUCUGAUGCUGGGUGCGUCGAUGGGACUAGCGAUCCUUGCCGUCGUGGCUGCACUGUAGUGUCACUCAGAGCAUUCGUGCCAUGUUCAAUUGAAAUGCAAGUUGUAUCAUUGCCUGAGCAAGGAACUCUGGAUCCCCUUUUCCGUGGCUUGCCACGAUCCCCACUCGAUCCUCGCGUUCCCGUUUCC